AGAGAGAGAGAGAGAGAGAGAGAGAGAGAGAGAGAGAGAGAGAGAGAACAUCUGGAGCUGACUGAAUCAGAGUGUUUAUUCCCUGACUGCCUGACAGCAAUCUGCUGUAGAAGACAGACCCCCAAGAUGCUUUGCUGUUUGGCGUUAUCCUGAGGUGGCCAAUGUCGUCGACUCUCUUUGACAUGCCAUGGUGGCAGGCGCUCUUAAACUCCACCCUCAGCAUCAAUCAAAGCAACAGUAGUUUGUUCCUGCUUGAUGUCCCCUGCUGGCAAUCAAGCGCCAUGACGCUUACACUAGUGCUAUGCUACUGCCUGGUGCUUAUUUUGGGCUUGCUUGGUAACAUCCUCCUCAUUUGCAUUAUUAUGCACCAGCGGGACCCUCCUAACGUCACAAGCAUCCUCAUUGCCAACCUUUCGGUGUCUGAUAUCCUGGUGAGCGUGUUCUGCCUUCCUUUCACAGUGGUUUACACGCUCAUGGACCACUGGAUCUUCGGUGCGCUGCUAUGUCGCCUAAUGCCGUUCGUGCAAUGUGUGUCAGUGACUGUUUCAGUCCUGUCUCUGGUUUUGAUCGCACUUGAAAGGCACCAGCUCAUCCUGCAUCCAUCUGGCUGGAAGCCUAGCGUCCCGCAGGCGUACAUAGGCGUCUUGAUUGUGUGGCUGCUGGCCUGCGUAACAUCAUUACCUUUCCUGGCGUUCCACUUGCUCAGCAGUGAGCCGUACAGUCUGCUUCCUGCGCCCCUCAGCCAGCUUCAGGCCUGUCUGGAAGUCUGGCCCUCUCAGCAACACAAACUAGUCUACACCACCAGCCUGUUGCUAUUCCAGUACUGCUGCCCGCUGUUCCUCAUGCUACUUUGCUAUUUCCGCAUCUUCUUGCGGCUGCGACGCAGACAGCGCAUGCUGGAGCGCCAGGCAGUCGCAACCGAGAGGACGAACAUCCGGCGGGUGAUGCACAGCAAACGUAUAAAUGUCAUGCUUGUUACUUUGGUGGCUGCAUUUGCUGUGUGCUGGCUGCCAUUAAAUGCCUUUAAUGUGGUGGCGGACUGGCAUCAGGAGGCGCUGCCCGUGUGUUACCACAAUCUGCUGUUUUCACUCUGUCAUCUGCUGGCCAUGAGCUCCACCUGCGUUAACCCCAUCAUCUAUGGCUUCCUCAAUAGCAACUUCCGCAAGGAUGUGGCCUCCGUGGUGCUACACUGCCAUUUUCAGCCACUCGAGGACAGCUAUGAACACUUUCCGAUGUCCACAAUUAACACUGAUGUGUCACGGACUUCUUUUAGACUCAGAAACAAUUCUGUGUAAUCGGGUUAAUCGCUAAUUAAUGUUAAUGGUUAUUAAUCCUAACAACAAAACCAGUGUUUAAAAACCAGAUCGGGGUCACCAAUCCACAUGAAGCCAGAGCUUUAGCUAUCUGAUAUUAUACAUAUAUCUGAUAAAUGGAUUUGUUAUACAAAUGAAAAUGCAAGGUGUCUUUUAAGAUUUAUCCACUCUAUGACCUGGUUUAAAGAAAUAGCAGUUUCAGACUUUGUAUGCCUGGACGAAAUGCCGAUACGAUACAAAAUGUUACAAUUAAAAGCGUCUCCGUGUGGACAGGCCCUUGGUACUGGAGGUCCGGAAUUCUGCAUACAUUGCAUUCAAGUUGCCUCUGCACACCUGGCUGAAAGUUUCAGGUAUACUUAGUAAGAUCUUGAUUGACUGCUAAAUGUUUAAUGUUUAAUUAGGGUUUAAUUAGCUAAACUCUGCUGGACACCAGCCCUGAGGACUGAGUUUGGUGACCCCUGGCUUAUAUCAGCAUCACUUUGUAGGCAAAAACCCAGAAGUGAGUUAGCAUUUUAGCUAUUUAGCUAAGUUCAAUUCGAGUUUGGGUAGGUCCCCUAAAAUAAGGUCUGUGGUUCACGCAAGCUCAGUAUACUUUCACGUUUUGUUCUGUGACAUAAAACACACCAGCUAAAUGAGCUACACUCAUAAUUUUCUUUUAAACUGUUACAUUUUUUUAAGACAGAUGCUAACAAGUUGCUAAAUGGGACUACAGGCACUGUCAGAGACAAUAUUUUUUUUUUGACAAUUUUUCUUUUGCUUUGCCCCGAAAUGCAAGACAAGUCUUCAGAUGGCAGAUGCUCAUUUUAACACUUUCCUACUAAUGCAAAUAUUCUGGGUUUCAGAACAUAAGGUACUUAUUUCAUGUAAACACCACAUUUACUGACUUAGUCACCAUGAAAGAGGAACUAACAAUGCAUAGGCCUUACAGCCAGAUUAAAAUUAAAUGUCAUGACCACAUUUAAAGCUGUUAAGAAUUUUCUAAAAGCAAGGAUAAAAUAACAUUUUGUCUACCUACGCUGACAAAGCGAUAGCUGAAAUGUGGUACGUUAUUCACUAAAAUAAAUGUAAUCUUCCCAUAUCCAAAAGCUUGCUUUCUCUGCUAUUUAAUAGAUUAAAUGCACUUUUUUUCUGAAUAGUACAUGGAGAAACGUUUUUAAUUAAAAUAUUCUCAUUAAUCAAGGAUUUAUUGACUUUUAAUGUACCUUAGUUCGAAAUUUACAGAAAUACGUGCUUUCAUAUGUCUUUUAGUUCUGGUUUGCUUAAUUUAUUCACUCUACUAUUUAAUACACGUCCCAUUUCAGUUUUAGUUUGAUUCUAUUUUUGUAUUUAUUUCAGUUUAUAUGAAAACGUAUGUGUAGCUUGGAUUAAAAUACAUAUACAGACUAAAUCCUUUUGACUGAACACGUUAAACAUUUUUUAAAAAUUUGUCAGCAGCACAGUGGUGGUGAUGUGACUAAGUUUAGCUUUUAAGUUCUGUCUCUUUUAUUUAGGCAUCAGAAUUCAUAAAAGUUAUAUUAUUCUGUGAAGAUUAUCUCGAUGGACAAAUUGUGUAAGUUUUAUGAACUAUUAUUAAACAUAGAGUUUAUUAUAAUCUGAAAACCUAUGGAAAAUUGGCUUUUUGUCGAGGGAACAAGUUUCUUUAAAUGCCAAAAUGCCAAAAUAUAAUACAAAAUGUACUUUGAAGGGCAAGAAAAUACAGUUGGAAUCUUAAAAAUAUAUUUUUACCAGUUCAUUUUAAUUUGAGACCAUAGACCUGAAAACAUAUUAUAAAUAACUAAGUAAACAUAUUUAUAUGAAGUUCUUCUACUUAGUUUGGAUUCGACUGGUUCAGGAAGGAGGAUGUGACUACGACCUAUCUGAUUUCCCAGGAUUGAAUCCUUCUAAUCCCUGUGUCAUAAUAUCAAAGUUAUUUAAUGCACACUGAUUAUGUCUCUUGUAGAGUUUUAGAUUGCAAAAGCAUUUUACUCCACUAAAUCUCAUGGAAUAUGGACAUGAAAGCAGAAGGAGAUUUCUCAGCUGUGUACUUUUUUCCACUCAGACACAAUGAAAGCUAUAAGGAAUGAAUUAGUCAAAGGCAACACUUGCAUUUGAAACAUUAUCUCUUCUUCUUUGAGGCACAGAGCUAAGUUUGGAAGUACUGACAGUGUACAAAUGCCUGGAAAUUGCAGCUAGCUAAGCCGUAAUGCUAACCCUAAUGCCUAGCGUAAUACAAGCUAAAACCCACAAUAAAUCUGAAUAUACCUGUCAGCUUAUAUUGUCAAGCUGCUGCCUAAAAAGGGGAAAACUGACAAUAUCUACUGGGCAAACAAAACUGGGCUGGAGGUUCUUUUUUCAUUCUCCUGUGGCUUAUUUUUGUGACUCAUCCUUCCAAACAAACGCAAGCACACAUAAAAUCAGCACAGAACAUUUUGUAAGAUACACUGUCUGAAAUAUACUAUCAAAUUUGUAAUUUUUUAGAAAAUGUUAACUAAUCUGUCUGUCACAAAGACAUGAGUCUUUGUAUGAUAAAGGGGUUCUGGUACAAUCCAUUAUUAUUAAUUGAUUUAUUUGAUGUGCAUUCUCAGUGUUAAGAGCAUUCACAUUUUUCCAAUUCAUGCAUAGUUGUAACAUAAUAAAUUUACAGAACUGAGUGCUUGUAUCCUUGCAGGCAGAUCAGAUCCUUUAUAGACAAAAGAAAAAUAUCCAAUACAGAAUCAAACAAACAUUUUCCAUUUUUCUUGUCAUUGUCCGGAAAAUGUUUUGUCUCUUUUGUAAUUUUGAGAUUAAAACACAAGUCUCGUAUUUCCUCAUAUAUUCCCUUAUACAGUCAACUCUUUUAUAUACUGUUCUGAUUGACAGAAUUCCAUUCUAAAAUCUUAGCUUUUUUGAGUAAGUAUGCUCUCAUUAAUAACUGAAUGCAUUCAGCAGUCAAAAAGUCAAUGUAAUUACCCCAACUUGUCUAAACAGAUUGUAAUGUCUGAACUGAAUGUGACUUAUUUUGGUGUUAUAUAUUUUCAGGUUUUGUGAAACAUUAUAAAUGUUUACUGUUCUGUUCUGUAUCUUUGUAAUGUCAUAUCCAUGGGUGGAACAUCAAUAAAUCUCUUUUAUGGGCAAUUGGGAAGAUACCAAAUGUUGUAAAAGGGAAAGCAGAGAUUUAGAGGCAGAAGUAAAGAGAAGAGAGGAUAGAUGAGUUUAAUAUGUAUUUUCCUGGAACUGUAUACUUGGCUCAUGCUAUAAGGUUCUCACUUAUGCAUCUGUUUAUCUGUAUUUUUUCACUGAUCCUACAAUUGUUUUGGUGCUCUUUAGUUUUUGUAAAUAUGUCAGAA